AUGGGCGACAGUGCUCACGGCCGAUUGCCGCGCUCGACGGUCCAGUUCGCGCUACUGCUACUGCUGCUGCUCGUGUCGCUCUCGAGUGGCUCUGCGACCUCUGGCAGCGUCGAGAAUGAGGCCCCCACCCGAUCAUCCACACGCUCUUCAGCCACAAGUGACGUGGCCGCCGCCGCAACGGCCAACUCGACAGCGGAAGUCGGGGACAGCUCCAAGACGCUCUUGCACGAGAAACUGGCGGUCCUGGAGGCCUGUGGAUGGCUGGUGCUGGUGCUGUACACGUCGCUGGCUCUGGCUAUCGCGUGGCGCACGGCCCUGCACUUUCUGUACGCGAGUCGGAGCGCCAAGAAGGUUUUCCACGUGACGCUCUUGGUGUCGACGCUGCUGCAGCUACCCGAAGCCAUCGAGUGGAUCUGCUUCCCCAUGCUGACGGAGUGGAAGGCCAUGUACGUCUGCCGCUUGUACCCUCCGCUGCUUUUGUCGUUCUGUAAAUCAUACCUGGCUAUCUGCUGGGCGGGCGUGGUGGCGGCAGGGCAGCCGAUAGCCCAGCGACGGACUUCCAAGCUGAUUGUCGUCUUCAACUCGCUCUUGGUGCUGUGGGGCGUGACGGUGCCCAUUUUGCUGUCGAGCUUUCGCGACGACGCCGACGGCCAGUACAGCUUUAUGCAGAGCAAGCUUCGAGACGUCUUACUGUAUUCGGGCGUGCUUAUCGUCGUGACGUACGGGAUCCUGUUGGGCUAUCAGGGCUUUCGCCUACGUCGUCGUCUGCUACAUGCGCGCGGUGCCGUCCUCGCUUCCAGCGUCGAGAAGUCCCUCAACCAGCUCAUGCUCUCCAUCUUCAUCUUCAUCGUCUCGGACGCAGCUCGCUUGUUGGCCCUGGUGCUUAACCUAUCGGGCGUUGCCGUGUCGAUGGUCGUGUACCUCGUUCUUUACAACAUCAUCCCGAACGUCUUCCCGACCAUAUGCAUGCUGUACCUCAUGAGGAGGGUCACGGGCAGAGGUAGGAGUCACGUGGGGGUCAGCCACAUCAAGGGACUUACUGCCAAGUUUGCGCUGGCAAAGAACCUGACGGGCUCGUACUCGGACGACGGCAGCAGACGAAGCACCGGCAACGGCAUGGCUUCUUGCGCCUAUGAGGCGAGCGCUGUUGCUGGAGCCGAGAGCGACUUCCAGAAGCAGCAUCGGUAUCUUCGCCAGCAACAGGACCACGUCCAUGGCGCUAGAGAAGCCCGGCAGACCCCGGCGUUUUGCUGGGUCCGCGAGUCCACGGAGCUAUGCUGA